AUGUCUGUUCGUCGAAUGGUUAUAUUUGGUGUUGUAUCAUUUAAUUAUUUAGCAAAACAAGUUAAAACUACUUUAUCUUAUGCAUUAGGCACAGCUACAGCUGUUACUUAUUGUUACGUUCAAAAUCUAUUUAAUAAACAUCAUGCUGCUAUGCUUGUUUUUUUUCGUUUAACAUCAGCUUCACUUGAUACUGAUGUUUCGGAAAAUUAG